GGGCUCAAGAAGGCAAAUGAAGAAAUUUCACUCCAAUUCCUCAUUUGAUUUCCUCUGGGAAUAAAGAAGAGAACCGCGAAGCUCGUCAGUUCUCGGAUUCUCAAUUCAAAUCCACACAAAUCGAUUUGCGUGCAGCGUCGUGGUUUUUUCCGACUUUCCUAUAAGGAAUUUUGAGAGUAAUGGCGUUCUUCAAAAGUUUGACGGCUCUUUCAAAGCUACGGUCUCGUGUUGGACAGCAGUCUAAUCUCAGUAAUUCUGUUAGAUGGCUUCAAAUGCAGAGCUCACCGGAUCUUGACCUACAAUCUCAUUUGAGGGAAUUAAUUCCAGAACAGCAGGAUCGUCUGAAGAAAUUCAAAGCAGAACAUGGAAAGGUUCAACUGGGCAACAUCACUGUUGAUAUGGUACUUGGUGGAAUGAGAGGAAUGACAGGGCUACUAUGGGAAACAUCUCUACUUGACCCUGACGAGGGUAUUCGCUUUAGGGGUUUAUCAAUUCCUGAAUGUCAAAAAUUACUACCAGCUGCAAAGCCUGAUGGAGAGCCACUACCUGAGGGUCUCCUGUGGCUUCUUCUGACAGGAAAGGUACCAAGCAAAGAGCAAGUAGAUGCACUAUCCAAGGAGUUACAAAGCCGAGCUGUUGUUCCAGAUUAUGUAUACAAGGCCAUCGAUGCUCUUCCCGUUACAUCUCAUCCGAUGACUCAGUUUGCCACAGGUGUUAUGGGUCUUCAGGUUCAAAGUGAAUUCCAGAAGGCUUAUGAGAAAGGAAUUCAUAAAUCAAAGUACUGGGAACCAACGUAUGAAGAUUCUAUGAAUUUGAUUGCUCGAGUACCUUUGGUAGCUUCUUAUGUCUACCGCAGGAUAUACAAGGAUGGGCAUAUAAUUCCAAAAGAUGACUCUCUGGAUUAUGGUGGCAAUUUUUCGCACAUGUUAGGAUUUGAUAGUCCCCAAAUGCAAGAACUCAUGAGGCUCUAUGUUACUAUCCAUACUGAUCAUGAAGGAGGGAAUGUCAGCGCUCACACAGGCCACCUCGUUGCUAGUGCACUUUCAGAUCCCUAUCUUUCGUUUGCUGCUGCUCUAAACGGAUUGGCUGGACCAUUACAUGGUUUGGCAAAUCAGGAAGUUUUACUUUGGAUCAAAUCUGUAGUGGACGAGUGUGGAGAGAACAUAACUAAGGAGCAGUUGAAAGACUAUGUUUGGAAAACUCUAAACAGUGGCAAGGUUGUUCCAGGAUUUGGUCACGGAGUUCUGCGUAAAACAGAUCCAAGAUAUACUUGUCAGAGAGAGUUUGCAUUGAAGCAUUUGCCAGACGAUCCUCUUUUUCAGCUGGUAUCAAAGCUCUACGAAGUCGUGCCACCCAUCCUAACAGAACUUGGCAAGGUUAAAAACCCAUGGCCUAAUGUUGAUGCUCAUAGUGGUGUGCUGUUGAACUACUUUGGUUUGACCGAAGCAAGGUACUUUACUGUUCUCUUCGGUGUUUCAAGGAGUAUUGGGAUAUGUUCUCAGUUAAUAUGGGACCGAGCUCUGGGGUUGCCACUCGAGAGGCCGAAGAGCGUGACAUUGAAAUGGCUCGAGGACCACUGCAAGAAAGCAGCAGCUUGAUUGAAAGUGGGUGUCCAAAAAUAGUUCAUUCAGCCUUCACAAAUUGGUCGAGGGUGAGAGAUUUCUUGUCAUUUGCUAGUUUUAAUAAUUGUUCAAGCUUGGUUUACCGCGCAGAUACAGGAUUACCUGAAGUUACUUUUGGGGAUAAGUAGAUUUUGGAAUCACUUAUUUCUUAAACUCGCCCGAGUUUCUUGGCAAAUUUUUCAUUCAUUCGGUUUCAUAUAGUAGCUGUUAGAAGUGCAUUGUUCAGGAGAGGAAUUGGUCGGGAUGCCAUUUGAAUAAAACGGUUGGCAUGGCUUGAAUGUUAAUCUAUACCCCCAUUAGGAGCUGAGAUUCGGCUGCACUUUACCUUG